AUGGUGUCUCCAGAAUUUCAGCCAGAUGGCUCGAGGACACUAGAGAAGCUCCAGAAGUUUUGCCAGCCUUUGUUUGCUGGAGAAACUGUCACAGGAGAAUGGUGGCACUACAAUGCUGAGGGGACCCUCUUUCCAGUUCUUGUGAAAAUUCAGAAUAUCGUUUCUGAUGGGAAGAAUUACAUGGUCUGUGUCUGGCAUGACCUGACUGAAAUUAAGAGACGCGAGGCUGAGUUGGAGAAAGCGAAAGAGGCUGCAGAGGCUGCUAACCAAGCCAAGAGCCAGUUUCUUGCAAACAUCAGCCACGAAAUAAGGACACCAAUGAAUGGAGUGAUUGGUGUUACUGAGCUGCUCCUAAGGACCGAAUUGACAGAGGAGCAGCGGUCAUACCUGGAGGUGAUUCUCUCAUCAGGAGAGAAUCUUCUAAACAUCAUCUCUGAUGUGCUCGACAUCAGCAAGAUUGAGGCUCGUUCCAUUGUGCUGGAGUCCAUACCUUUCAGCCUUAGAGAGACCAUUGAAGACUCAUUGUCCUCAGUUCGGGUGUUAGCACUGCAGAAGGACCUAGAGCUAAAUGUUUUUGUCGAGGAUGACCUUCCUACCAAAGUCAUUGGAGACCCCACCAGAUUUCGCCAGAUUCUGCUCAACUUGCUUUCAAAUGCAAUCAAGUUCACUGAGAGUGGCAGAAUUGAGGUUCGAGCUAAUAUCAAGGACGCAAAGGACUCGCUGGCCGCCAACCCCCGUCUAUCACCAUGCACUUCGUCAUGGGUUGAGGGAAAGGAGGCUGGAAAACGAAUCAGGAUUGUGACGGAUGCGGAGGAUCCGACAGGGGGAAGCGACAUUGAUUUCUUGAGCACUCUCAUUCACUUCGAGGUGUCUGACACCGGAAUUGGAAUCUCUGAGGACAUGAUUCCUAAGCUUUUUCAACCUUUCACACAGGCAGAUGAGUCAACCUCAAGGAAGUACGGAGGCACGGGGCUGGGACUGGCCAUCUGCCAGUCCCUUGUGACCCUCAUGGGCGGUAAAGUAUCUAUCUCAUCCACACUCGGUCAAGGUUCAACUUUCUCCUUCACUCUGCCAUUUCGAGUACCAGAGACAGCUUCAGGCCCACCACCAGAGACAUCUCCUGAGAUGUCCACUUCAGGCAGGGACAAUGCUGUCCCUGGACUGCCUGCAGCAUCAGUGCACCUUCCUCCCCUGCAUGUUUCAUUACCCCAUUCAACCUCCCUCGAGUCCCCUUCUCCACUGGUAGAGCUGCGCUCGUUUGCGGGGCUGAGGUGUCUGGUGGUGGAGGACAAUCCGGUGAACCGAAUGGUGGUGGUGAGGCUGCUGGGCAGCCUGCAGGUCACCUGUGACGUGGCAGAGGAUGGGGUCAAGGCCGUGGCAGCAUGCCAAGCCAAGGAGUAUGACGUCAUCUUCAUGGAUGUUCACAUGCCAAAGAUGGAUGGGUUUGAGGCUACUCAACGAAUCCGUCAGCUCAAGCAUCAUCCAGAUCCGGUUUUCAUAGUUUCUGACGAGAUGGUCAUUCAGGACUGCAACGAAGCAGCCGUGAAGAUCCUGAAGUUCAAGGACAAAUCCGAGAUAGCGGGCAAGGUGGACGUUGCCAGCCUGACGCCUGAGUUCCAGCCAGAUGGGACGAGAUCUGCCCACAAGCUGGCUCAGUUCAGCCGCCCGGUGCUCUCAGGAGGAGGCUCUGCCAUCGGCGAGUGGUGGCACUAUGCGUCGGAUAAAACCCUCAUUCCCGUCCUUGUGAAAGUUCAGUGCGUGCAAGCCAACGGGCGCAGUCACUUUGUGACCGUCUGGCACGACCUCACAGAUAUAAAACAACACGAGCAGGCGCUGCACACGGCGCGCGACAACGCGGAGCGAGCCAACGCGUCCAAGAGCGAGUUCCUCGCCAAAAUCAGCCACGAGAUCCGCACCCCCAUGAACGGCGUGAUUGGAGUCGCCGACCUGCUGUUACAAACCCAGCUGAGCGCCGAGCAGCGGUCGCUCCUCGAGGUGAUCCGCACGUCAGGGGACUCGCUGCUGAGGAUUAUAUCGGAUGUGCUGGAUAUUAGCAAGAUGGAGGCGAACUCAAUGCAGCUGGAGGCGGUCCCGUUCGACCUGCGGGCUGCGGUGGCUGAAGCGGAGUCCACCGUGCAUGUGCUCGUGCUGCAAAAGGGGAUUCAGCUUCUGGUCGAUGUGGAUCCAUCUGUGCCUUCGCUUGUGGUUGGGGACCCCAGCAGGCUGCGCCAAGUGCUGCUGAACCUCCUCUCCAACGCCAUCAAGUUCACUUCCAGGGGCCAUGUGAAAGUGCGCGUAAGCUUGUCAAAGGCACUAGAAUUUCUACCAGCGUCAGCACAGGCAGAUGCAGUGACAGCAGACCCACGAGCUGCGUCAGCACAGCAAGCAGCAGCGUCAGCAGAGGCCGAAACUGCGUCAGCAAAUCCUGAUGAAGCAUCAUCACCAGAACCGAAAGCAUCUCUUACAAAGCCCAGCCGAAAGAGAGUGAGAUGGGAAACGGGGGAUGAGAAGGCAGGAUUCGAGGAUGGUGAGAAGAGGACAAGAUUUGAGGAAGGGGGGAAGGGGGAAAAGAGGGAAGGAUACGGAGUUGGAAAGAAGAGUGAUUCCUUGCAUAGGCAGGCGUUGGAAAGACUGGGGACUGCUAAGAUGGUAGGGGGCACUGCCGGACCUGGAAACGGGUUCCAAGAACCUGGCAAUCUGCCAGAUGAGAGAGAGAGGAACGGCAAAGCGCAAGUAUUAAGUGAAAGACCUUGUUGCGAGCAUGUGUCUGCUGGGCCGUCAGCCGAUGCUGAUGUUUCAUGGGAAGAGCAGUCAGGCCCAUCAGGAGCAGCAGAUGUUUCACGGGAGCAACCAGGUGUGUCAGCAGCAGCAGGAGAUACGAAUUUUGAGGCACCUCAAGAAGCGAGUGCUGAGCUGGCACCUGCCGCAGAUGUGUCACGGGACCACUCAGACCCAUCAUCAGCAGCAGCAGCAGCAGCAGCAGUUGUUGUUUCACCGGAGGAGCAAUCGCACCCACCAGUACCAGCAGAUACGAACCUUGCAGCUGAAGCCGCACCAGUGAAGACACAGCAUGAAGACAAAGCUGUAGCAACCAGCCCGGAGAAACAAGCUGCGUCUGCCUGCCCGUCUGAGAAUGGCACUUCCGUGAACAGGCCCCUACCCCUAGAGAAGCCGUGGGCAUUGACAGUGCGCUUUGAAGUGACAGACACUGGGAUCGGCAUUCCACAGCAGAUGCUGCCCAAGCUGUUCCAGCCUUUUACACAGGCAGACAAGUCCACCUCGAGGAGGUACGGAGGCACGGGUCUCGGUCUGGCCAUCUGCAGGUCGCUAGUGACGCUCAUGGGGGGAACCAUCUCCGCCUCCUCCCGCCCAGGCCACGGCUCCUCCUUCUCCUUCGCCCUGCCCUUCACUCUCCCCACUGGGACCUCCCUGGAGACGCCUGACAAUGCUCAGACACCUGAUGCAUCACAUGUUCGUGGUUCUGCUAAGUGCACUGAGGCAGGCAGUGUUGGAACUGCAGAUGGGACGGUGGCAGCAGCGGCGGCGGUGCGCUCCCCUUCUCCAUCGGUAGAGCUGCGCUCGUUUGCGGGGCUGAGGUGUCUGGUGGUGGAGGACAAUCCGGUGAACCGAAUGGUGGUGGUGAGGCUGCUGGGCAGCCUGCAGGUUACCUGUGACGUGGCAGAGGAUGGGGUCAAGGCCGUGGCAGCAUGCCAAGCAAAGGAGUAUGACGUCAUCUUCAUGGUGAGAUGUCAUGUGUAG